AUUCUACUUGCUACGAAUGCCUGCAAUCACUGUAUAUGUCUUCUAUCCGAAAUAGUAAACGCAGUUUUUAUUUUAUCCGAUCAACCAUUCACUAGACGCACCUGUUAUUCGUUUAUUGCGCUCUAUAUUUUUGCAAUGUGCCAGCAAGCUGCCAUAACGCUAAUGAUUUCGAUUGAUUUAUGGGUUGCACUCGUAUUUCCUAUCUGGUAUCGCAUGCAGCCCAUAAAACCGUAUAUUUCCCUUUCCAUCGUUCUUUGUACAUGUUAUUCCAUUCCUAUAGCCGCGUGGGGAUGGAUGGCGCAGGAUGAUGAACUUAUUCCUUUCUGCAACCCUCCACUAGAGGGAAGAGACUCCGUGGUGGAUCCAGACUCCACUGACCAUAUAAAGGCUGUUGGCAUAAAGAAACCUGAUGACUCAGCCCGAGAAGCCUAUCGAUCGCCAUUAAUUGAGGUUACAGAUGAGUCAUCGCUAAAUGAGGUGCUACGAUAA